UUCUGACCAAUUCACCAACUUCAGUUGGUUGAAGAACAAUUCAUUAUUAAUAAACGGAACCAUUGGCAAUUCUGAAGUCAAUGUUCAAGAUGAAACUUAUCAAAAUAGAGUUCAACUGCCAGAAAAUUCUUCAUUUGUGAAUCUCUCUCUCCUAAUCACUGACCUGAAAUUAAAAGAUUUUGGAAUAUAUAGGUGUGAGGCAUAUAGUAAGAACCGAAGUGUUAGUUUUGAAGAGACCUUCCUUACUAUAAUGAGAGAUGCUGUUUCAAAACCCAUUGUCAGAAUUCUUCAAGGUCAAAAUAUUACUGAUGAAAACAGAGUCGUAUUAAAAUGUGAAGUUACAAGUGGCUCCUUACCUAUCAAUUACAUGUGGCACAGGAAGGCCAGUAAAACAGAAAAAGCCAAAAAAAUAAGACAUUAUCAACAAACACUGGAGCUCAAUCCUACAAUGAAGGAGGGUCGUGGCUUUUUCUUUUGUAAAGUCAGCAAUAAUUUUAGCACAGAGAAGAGCAGCCUAGUGAAAAUUCCAGUAUCUGAUUCUGCCACAUCCCCAGUGGAAACGACUCUCAACAUGCCAAACAAUACUAGCACUCCCAGAAUUCCAUGGCUGGUGGUUGUUAUUACUUCAGCAAUGGUAUUAUUCAUUGUUUCCAUAAUCUUGACAACAAUAAGGAUAGUUAAGAAAAAGAUGAAAGAAAGACAACAACGAAGUUCGAUUUUCCUUGUGGAAAACCAGAAAGAUAUUGCUGUACAAACUAAUGAAGAGGAUUUGAAAUCGCAAGAAUUUUGGCAAGAAAAUAGUGAAGUCACUUAUGCUACCAUUGACCACACUAGACGAUUGUCUAGGCCACCAGUCAAAGCCAGAAACAAAUCAAAUCAGUUUACGGAAACUGCCUCAGUGGUGCAUCAACCAUAUAUGAAUUUCCAUGUGAUGUACUAAAGUGAAGACUGUCACUGUAAUGCAAACGUGUAUUACGAAGGGCCUCACUUACAUAGUUACAACACUUUAAAACUGUGAAGUGUAUUUUCAUGCAUUUACU